AUCCAAUUUAAAGAAAAUCCUCAUCUGGGCCCAUGACGGCCUAUAAACACCACCACUAAUAGCGCAUGAUAGCCAGAUAGACCCGAACCCGGAUGGACCUAUGCGAUCUCCAAAGCCCACAUCAGAUGGCUAUUCUCUCCUCCUUAAGAACGCGCCUUUUCUAUUCAAAUCAAGCAACGCCUCUGCUCCUCCUCAAAAGAAUCUCAAAUUCGGCCAAUUGCUCCAUGCUCACCUGAUCAGAACCACCCAAAUUCAUGAAAACGUAUUCCAGACUAACUCUCUCAUCAAUCUCUAUGCGAAAUGCGGACGAAUCUCUUCGGCGCGCCGACUGUUCGAUGAAAUGCCCGAAAGGAACAUCGUUUCUUGGAGUGCAUUGAUGGCGGGUUAUUUCCACUAUGGUACUGCUACAGAAGUUCUCUCCUUGUUCGUAUCGAUGAAUGACGUGGGAUUCCUGCGUCCCAAUGAGUAUAUAUUAGCAACCGUUAUAUCUUCAUGUUCUGACAUUCGAGCUUUCGAAGAGGGCAAGCAAUGCCAUGCUUAUGUAUUGAAGUCUGGAUUGAUAUUCCAUUCUUAUGUUAGAAAUGCCUUGAUCUAUAUGUAUCGGAGAUUUUCGGAUGUGGACGGGGCUUUGAGUGUUUUUAAGGCCGUGCCGGGAGUGGAUCUUUUUUCGUGUAAUUCAAUGAUUUAUGGGUUUUUGGAACAUGGGUAUUUUCAUGAGGCAUUGGAGGUUUUGGGUAAGAUGGUGAACCAUCUUGUGUACUGGGACCAUGUCACGUAUGUGACAGUUCUUGGUCUUUGUGGUUGUUUGAAAGAUUUGAAAUUGGGUAUGCAGGUUCAUAACCAAAUCUUGACGAGAGAUAUGGAGUGGAAUGUCUAUGUUGGUAGUGCAAUCAUAGACAUGUAUGGGAAAUGUGGUAAGAUUGUAAGCGCUAGGAAUGCUUUUGACCGCUUGCUUGUGCGAAAUGUGGUGUCGUGGACAGCCAUCAUGACAGCUUACUUCCAAAAUGGGAGCUUCGAGGAAGCCCUGAACAUAUUCUUAGAUAUGCAGGUAGAUGGGGUUCAGCCUAAUGAGUUAACUUAUGCUGUUAUGCUGAAUUGCUGUGCAAGUUUGGCUGCUUUGAGGCAUGGAGAUCUACUGAAUGCCCAUGUAGAGAAGUUUGGUUUUAAGGCUCAUUUAGUUGUUGGGAAUGCUUUGAUCAACAUGUAUUCGAAGAGUGGUAGCAUUGAUGAUGCGUGUAAAGUAUUUGCAAGUAUGCUUUAUCGAGAUGUUGUCUCGUGGAAUUCAAUGAUAUCCGGAUAUUCCCGUCAUGGACUGGGUAAUGAAGCCCUCAAAGUCUUUCAACAUAUGUUGACAACAGGAAUGGUUCCAAAUUACAUUACUUUUGUUGGGGUUCUAUCUGCCUGUGCUCACCUGGGUCUUGUGAAUGACGGGUUUUACUAUUUCAACCAUUUGAUGAAAGAGAUGGGAAUUAGACCUGGUGUGGAGCAUUAUACUUGCAUUGUUGGGCUUCUGAGUAGAGCUGGGCUACUUGAUGAAGCUGAGAAUUUCAUUAGGUCUACCCCCAUCCAGUGGGAUGUUGUUGCAUGGAGAACCCUGCUUACUGCAUGUCAAGUCCAUAGGAAUUUUGGCUUAGGAAAGAAAGUUGCAGAGGUUAUCCUUCAGUUGAAUCCGGAUGACGUAGGAACAUACAUCUUAUUAUCUAAUAUAUAUGCUAAAGUGAGAAGGUGGGAUGGAGUUGUAAGGAUUCGGAAGCUGAUGAGGGGAAGGGACAUCAAGAAAGAACCUGGGGUUAGCUGGAUACAGGUGAGGAAUAGCACACAUGUUUUCGUUUCAGAAGACAACAAACACCCACAGUGGAGCCAAAUCUACGAGAAACUUGCAGAGUUAAUAGCACAAAUAAAACUAAUAGGAUAUGUUCCUGAUAUUGCUACUGUGCUGCAUGAUGUUGAAGAUGAGCAGAAGGAAGAGUAUCUUCAGUAUCACAGUGAGAAAUUAGCAAUAGCUUUUGGUCUUAUUAACACGCCUCUGGGAGCACCAAUCCAUGUUAUUAAGAACCUUCGGAUAUGUGAGGAUUGUCAUAUUGCUACAAAAUUCAUUUCGGAUAUCACAGACAGGAAAAUAAUCAUUAGAGAUGCCAAUCGGUUCCAUUGUUUUGAAAGUGGAAUCUGUUCUUGUGGGGACUACUGGUGAAGGACUUCUUCAGUCAAAUAAGGUUUUGAUUCAAAAUUUUCUGUUGGCAAGGAGGGAGAUUAUUGUCUUGUUCAGCUUCAGGAAGUCAUUUGGUGGCCACAUGAUUGGAAUUAGUUCACAAGACAUGGGGAAAACCGUUUCACAAAAGUGGAUUCUUUACUACAAUGAUCUUUCAAAUUCCAAUGACUUUUAUGCAUCUUUGCAAGAUUCUUAUCAGUCUGAUGCUGUGUAAGAACCCCCAAAUAUCUUUUUAUUCCAACAGGUGCCUGGUGAGUUGUGGAGUCCUUUUGUUUUAUCUUCACCACCAAAAUUCCCUUCAGUCUUACUUUUAUUCACCAGUUUAAGUGUUCAAAUCCCUUAAUAUCUGGAUAGCUACAUGCUGUAUUUUGACAUUGAUUUGGGCCUACUUCUUAAAUCUUUUCGAGAUAUCUUGGGUUUUCGAAGGCAAGGUUGGUGUUAUUAUUGAAUAUUGGGGAGGCGGUCUUUUUAAAGGCAAGGGAGGAAUUUUUUGGCAUACGGUUUAUGGGGAUUCCUGCUUCAGAAACUAAACUCUCAGACCUGUCCCUUGUCAACAUGGGCCCCAGUGGGAUUCAUUGCUUAUUGAGAAACAAGACUUAUGAUAUCAUCUUUCUUCAACUCAGUUGCUGAUGUGUACACCACUAAAGUGGAGGCAUUAGCCCAUAGAGAAGGCUUGAGCAUCUUUUAUAAGGAUUUCUCUGGUCCUCUACCUGCAGAAGGAGAUCCUGAAUGUUACUAGAUGGACAUCUUCUGUUUGAGCCUUGAUAAUUCUCUUUCAGUUUCAAUGUGAUUUGCCACCUUUCCUCAAGGCUAAACAUUUCUUUUACUCAUGUAAGCAGGGAGGUGAAUGACUUGGCUGAUGUCUUGGCGAAGGGUAUCAUUUCCAGACCUCGAUGAUGAGGUUUUCAUUUCCUAUUUAUUAAUGUAUCAUUCUUGUUACUUCAAUGAACCUGUUGUUAAUUCUC